CGUCAGUCGCAUUUAGUCGAUCGUGUAGUUACGUUGCCUGACUUAUUACGUUCCCACUUUGCUCACCUCCGUACAAAAAGAGAAGAAACAAAAGGAAUUGCGCGCGCGCUUACGACGUUUGUUUCCUGCGGAUCGAAAUAAGUGGUAAUUUACGGACUGGAAAAUAAACAUUGGGAACGUAAAUAUUAGUGAAACGUGAGACCGCAAGAUGAGUACUCCGGUGAAGAAAGUGCCCAUUCAUCUGCAGAGCGCGCAGAACAGAUUGCUAAUUAAAAAUGGUAAAGUUGUCAAUGAUGACGGGAUCAUCGAUAGCGACGUCUACAUUGAAGAUGGUGUCAUCAGGCAAAUGGGGCGCAAUCUUAUCAUACCUGGUGGAACCAGGACCAUCGAUGCACGAGGAAAAUAUGUGAUGCCCGGUGGCAUAGAUCCGCAUACGCAUUUCGAAUUUGAGUUUAUGGGUGCCAAGUCGUUGGAUGACUUUUACCAGGGUACGAAAGCUGCGGUCGCCGGUGGUACUACGAUGAUUAUAGAUUUCGCAAUACCACGGAAAGAGGAGAGUCUCGUGGAGGCUUAUGAGAGAUAUAGACAGACUGCGGAUGAAAAAGUUUGCUGCGAUUACGCGCUGCACGUCGCCAUCACUUCUUGGAGUCCAAAAAUUAAAGAGGAAAUGGCGAUACUGACGAAGGACCACGGCGUAGGUAGCUUCAAGAUGUUUAUGGCUUACCGGGAUGUGUUUAUGCUGAGAGAUCCGGAGUUGAUCGAGGCUUUCAAAGCGUGCAAAGAGGUCGGCGCCGUCGCGAUGGUGCACGCGGAAAACGGUGACCUUAUUGAAGAGAAUACGAAGAAACUACUCGCCGCAGGAGUAACAGGUCCAGAGGGCCACGAAAUGUCACGACCCGAAGAAGUCGAGGCGGAGGCUGUCAAUAGAGCAUGCGUUAUCGCGAAUCAGGUCAAUUGUCCGCUGUAUGUAGUGCAUGUGAUGAGUGGUAGCGCAGCUGACCAAGUAAAAGCCGCGCGAAAUCGCGGCGUUUGUGUCUUCGGCGAGACCCUGGCGGCUGCAAUCGGCACGGACGGUACCAACUAUUCGCACAAAUGCUGGAGACACGCGGCCGGUCACGUUCUAAGUCCACCACUUAGACCAGAUACGGAUACGCCGCGAGUGCUCACGAACAUGUUAGCCAAAGAUAAUCUGCAAGUUAUCGGCAGUGACCAUUGCACGUUCAACUCCGAGCAGAAGGCUCUGGGUAAGGACGACUUCACGAAGAUCCCCAACGGCGUGAACGGUGUCGAGGACAGGCUGGCGGUGCUCUGGGAAAAGGGCGUCCACGCCGGCAUAAUGGAUCCCACGCGUUUCGUCGCGGUCACCAGCACGAAUGCUGCUAGGAUUUUCAACUUGUACCCUCGAAAGGGAGUCGUAGCCGUGGGCUCGGACGCCGACAUUGUCAUCUGGGAUCCAAACAGGAAGCGCACCAUUUCCGCCCAGAGCCACGUCCAGGCCGUUGACUUCAACAUCUUCGAGGGUAUGGAAGUAACUGGCGUACCUGAAUAUGUGAUUGUCAAUGGACGCGUAUGUGUGGACGAGUGUGAGCUGAAGGCUGUUCAUGGCUUUGGGAAGUACGUGAUUGCGGAGCCAUUUGGCUCUUAUGUGUACGACAUGAUAAACGAUAAAGAAAAGAGACCACGUGGAAUCGCGCGAACCGAAGCGGAGGCCAGGAGAUACGCUGAGGAAGACGCUGCACUUACGAGGGCUAAGGAAGCGGCGAGAGCAGCCGCCGCAGCCAAAAUCGCGGCCGCGGCUAAUCAGACCAACGGUUCGCUUCACGACAGUCCAAAAUCAAAGUUUAAACCCAACUAUGCGCCCACCUUGCCGGAAUCUGCCGUGGUGACACCAUCCACGAAAGGUCCAAGACUAGAAGGGCAGAGAAACCUACAAGAUUCUACUUUCUCCAUUAGUGAAGCGCAUUUUGUUCUUGCAGAGGACAUUGAUGAAGGACGAAGGGCAUGCAUUCGCGUGAAUAAUCCACCUGGCGGCCGCAGCGCAGGAGGCUUUUGAUUCUGCGAAUAUAAGAUAAAUCGCUGAGCAAUCCAAUCCAUUGGAUAAUGAAUUUGCGAGGUAGUACUGAAAUUGAUAUAUACUUUUCCGAGAAUCCUUUGGCCUUCAACCAAGUUUGAAUCUCGUGAGAGGUCGAGUAUUGAUUCACCCAAAUCUCGUGUGUGUCAUUGUUAAGAGAAGAAUUCGCUUUUUUCUCUCGGAACAUCGUCAAGACAAACUUGAGCUCCUUCUGAAAUCCCUCUUCUUGCUCGGAAGUGCCUUUUCACAGAGAAUAAUUAAUGACAUCAACAAAGUAAAAGCAAUUAUAUAUUAAAAGUUGAAAAGUUUGAAAGUAAAAAAACCCCGCGUUAAUUCUAUAAAAAAUUGGACCCUGAUAAAAUCAGCUGAUUCUAUGUCGCAGCUUUUGACCUGCUAAACAAACAACUAUAUAUAUAUAUAUAUAUAUAUAUAUAGGAUUAGCGCGAAGUCCUUUUCUCACAACUCACCAUUAAAGAAUUUAAUACUUUUAGAAACAUCCGUUUUAUUGAGCGUGGAAAAUGUUGAGGGCGCGGAUUUUUGAGUUUGAAACUGCGGAGUGGAUCGUACAGGCGUCGGUGGUGGAGGUGGCGGUGGAGGUGGUGUGGAAGAUAUCUUCGACUUUGAAGAUACCUUCGACGAAGCAGGUGAUGCUGGUGCUGAUUUUGGUGGCGAUAGUGCUGGAGUUGAUUUCAAUACAGACAAUAUUGGUGCCGAUUUGGAUACGGAUAGUGUUGUUGGCACCGAAUUCGAUGUUGGUACAGACACUGGCGGAAGUUCCAUUUUCUCCAGGACCUCCUUAUCGGAUAUCACAUCGUCUGGUAUAAAAUCGCGAGGUGGCGAAUGCACUUCCACGAUGCUCUGCUGCGUGUUAAGCUUGCUAUGCGAUUCAGAGGUGCUAUCGAAGGAGGAAACACUUGACCUGCUGCUGUUACUCAUGGCUCCGUUGUAAGCAUUAAUAUUGUCUGUAAAACAAUUUUGCAAUGUUAUUUUCAAAUAUAAUAUCGUAAUAAUGUUUUAAAUAAUGUUAUAGUACU